AUGUCUGGAAAUCAAGAAGUUAAAAGUGCCUACAAGAAUUUCCCAGCUGACGCGGAUUUCCCGGACCUUUCCAAACACAACAAUUACAUGGCAAAAGUUCUCACGAAGGAAAUCUAUGCAAAAUUGCGCGACAAAGUCACGAAGAACGGUUUCACAUUGGACGGAAUUAUCCAAACUGGAGUUGAUAACCCAGGUCAUCCGUUCAUCAUGACGGUGGGUUGUGUGGCAGGCGAUGAGGAAUCCUACGAUGUCUUUGCGGACUUAUUGGAUCCUGUCAUUGAAGUGCGUCACGGUGGCUUCAAGAAGACGGACAAACAUAAGACUGAUUUAGACGCGACCAAACUGAAGGGCGGAGACGACCUGGAUCCACAGUACGUGUUCUCGAGCCGCGUGAGGACUGGACGCAGCAUCCGGGGAUACUCCUUGCCGCCACAUUGCUCAAGAGCUGAGAGAAGAAAGGUCGAGUCGAUUACAGUAAGUGCGCUGGAUCAAUUGGACGGAAAAUUCAAAGGCAAAUAUUAUCCGUUGAACAAGAUGACGGAGAAAGAGCAAAAUCAGUUGAUUGAAGAUCAUUUUCUGUUCGAUAAACCCGUCUCGCCAUUGUUGACUUGUGCUGGUAUGGCGCGCGAUUGGCCCGACGCAAGAGGAAUCUGGCACAAUAAGGACAAGAAUUUCCUUGUCUGGGUCAAUGAAGAGGAUCACAUUCGGGUUAUCUUCAUGCAAAAGGGUGGAAACAUGAAAGACGUCUUCGAACGAUUUUGUACUGGACUACAGAAGACCGAGGAACUCAUGAAGAAGGCUGGGUCUGAGUUCAUGUGGAACGAACAUUUGGGCUUCGUGCUCACGUGCCCUUCGAACCUGGGCACGGGACUGCGCGCUGGCGUACACGUGAAGCUUCCGAACUUGGCCAAAGACGAAAAACGGCUGGACGGAAUACUCGAGAAACUGCGGCUUCAGAAACGUGGUACGGGAGGCGUGGACACCGCGAGUGUCGGGGGUGUGUACGAUAUUUCAAAUGCUGACAGAAUCGGAUUUUCCGAAGUCGAGCUGGUUCAAGGUGUCAUCGACGGAGUGAAGCUGUUGGUUGAUAUGGAGAAAAGACUGGAGAAGAGUGAAGCGAUUGACGACCUCAUCCCAAAAUAG